AUGUCGCUGUCGGCAGGCCAACUCGCUGCCAUUUCGGCCACGGAGCGCACCUGCUCUACUGUGUCCUUGAUUGCGACUAGUAUUAUCAUUCUUUCCUUUCUAUCGUCACGAUCCUUUCGCAAACCCAUCAAUCGACUGGUGUUUUAUGCGUCCUUUGGCAAUAUCAUGGCCAAUGUGGCUACUCUAAUCUCGCAAUCUGGUAUCGCGGCCGGAACCAACAGUAAUCUGUGUCAGAUUCAGGCCUUUCUAAUACAAUGGUUUAUGCCCGCCGACGCUCUAUGGACGUUUGCCAUGGCAUUCAAUGUCUAUCUCACCUUUUUCCGCAAAUACAGCUCAGAACAGCUGCGGCGCUUGGAGUGGAAGUACGUCACACUAUGCUAUGGCCUACCUUUUAUACCUGCGUUUAUAUACUUCUUCGUAAGAAGCCAAUCUCGAGGGAAAGUGUACGGCUCGGCUAUACUUUGGUGCUGGGUUGCUCCGGACUGGGACUUUCUUCGUAUCGCCGUCUUCUACGGCCCGGUUUGGUUUGUCAUUUUUAUGACUCUGGCGAUAUAUACACGCAUAGGCAACCUCGUCUGGCGACGGAGACGACAGCUCAAGGAAGUGGGUGCACUCGACGCAACAAUCGACGUUUCCAUCCCCCAUGAUCCCCCGUUCUCGAAAGUUACAGAGAUUCGAAUUACGAGAGAGGAGGCAGUACCGUAUCAAUUGGACUCACCCGGCCUCUCAAUCGAGGAAAGCCCAAACUUUAUACCAGCGCAUCGUCCUUACUCUGUCAAUGUACAGGCAGGCAUCACACCACCGAGCCAGGUCCAGUUAGAGCCAAUGCGCUGUGACGAUAUUCUGGAAGAAUACGCAGAGCAAGAGUCGGACCAAUACUGGAGCAAUUCCCGAACAGCAUCCGAGGUAAACGGGGCAACCUGGGCCUAUACAAAGUAUGCAAUGCUCUUUUUCGUAGCGCUGCUCGUCACCUGGGUCCCCUCAACAAUAAACCGUGUCUAUGCCCUCGCCCACCCGGACAAGCUCAACUUUGGCCUGAAUUACGCUUCGAGCUUUGUCCUUCCACUGCAGGGGUUCUGGAACAGCCUCAUAUACUUGUCUAUCUCAUGGCGCUCUGUCAAGACAGCAUACAAGAACUUCAGGAAAUGUCCUUUUGGGCGUGCUCAUGCUGGUGCUGGUCACCGGCGUCCGUCGAGCGGUCAUGAAAGCACUCGGCGGCUGACUGCUUAG